AUGAACAAUUAUAUCAGGUUUGAAGGAAAUACAGGGUCACAAGCAAGGGGUUCCUUCCUAGACACGAAUCAGCAACGACCUUGCUGCUCGGAGGAUCCUCCAAGAACAGCUCGGAUUCCACCACCGAACUGCUCUUCACGUCCAAUCCCUGAUGUUGUUUCCGGUCAUAAGGAAUCCAAGCAGAGUAACAACCUGUUUCGUUUGCUUGCCUUUUGUUGUCUUGUUGGGAACGACGAGGCCCGGUUCCAGCACAUACCGAUUUGUUUUCACAAACAUGGCGGCAAUGGCGCCGUUUUUCGCGAGGUCAAGAUGAGUCGUGUUUGUUAUGUCUCCGCUCUGGCCAGCUGUGCAUCCUCCAUGGCUUGGGAAGCUGCCUUGGCUUGCUUAACAGCCAUGCAGAAUGCGCAGAUGACCCCGGGCGCAGUUGAGGUGGGCACUUUGGCUGAAUCGUUCAACCGUGCUUUGGGGCACAAAGCGGCAAGAGAACUACUUUGCAGUGUUUCGACCAGUUGGAAGGCGGGGAAGAAGGAUGCUGUUCCCAAUUUCACUGCAGAAGAGAUCAUCAUGCAAGGGCCCGGCCUUCUGAUGGCCAAUAAGCCAGAAGGCACCUCGACCGAAGAGUUUGCGGCUGCCCUGGCCGCCCGCCUCAACUGCCGACUGUCCGUGACCAGUCGCUUAGACCAUCCCACAUCAGGGGUUUUGCCCUUGGCCUUUGGCACGGAGUCGAGCAUGGAAAAGUGGCUGGUUGCACAGCUGGCAGCCAGAUUGGUGGAGAAGGAAUAUCUUUGCCUUUGUGAAGGUGAAGCCUUGGGGCCUCCAGGCACCACUGGCCUAGUGGUCGCUCCCAUUCGCACCAUGGAACUGGACGGCCACACCAGCCGGAGCGAGGUGAGCCCCACCGGACGGAUCGCGCGCACGGAGUACCAGGUUUUGAGGCGGUUUUCCUGCAGAGGUGCUCAGUGGGCUGAGGACACGAGUGAAGUGAUGCUGCUGGCUGCUCACCCCAUCACUGGCCGCACUCAUCAGAUCAGAGUGCACUUCGCCUUUUUGGGCCGUCCACUGCUGGGAGAUUUGACCUAUGGCAGGAGAGACAGCUUGUCCGUUUGUCCGCGGCUUUUCCUCCAUUGCCGACGCUUUAGCUGUAUUGGUCCCGACGGCACGCCCUUGGUCGCCGAAGCACCUUUGCCGCCAGAGCUGCAAAACGUGCUGGAAACUUUGUGA